GGGUGGAGCGGGGCGGCGCUCUAGGCCGAGCGGGAGGUCUGGGCUUCGGGCGCUCGCUGGUGGCGGACCUGGAGGCUGCUGCUGCGCGCCGGGGCUCCUUGGCCCGGAUCGAAUUCGAUCCGGAGCCAUGAGUAUGGACAAGGCCGAGCUAUGCGGGUCUCUGCUCACCUGGUUGCAGACGUUCCAAGUUCCACCCCCCUGUGCCAGCCCCCAGGACCUGAGCAACGGACUCGCCAUAGCCUAUGUGCUGAAUCAGAUAGACCCUUCCUGGUUCAACGAGGCAUGGCUCCAGGGAAUCUCAGAGGACCCAAGUCCCAGCUGGAAGCUGAAGGUCAAGAAACUGGAGAAGAUCUUACAGAGCUUGAUGGAAUACUCAAAGGAUGUCCUGGGACAUCCUUUAUCGGAACAGCAUCUUCCAGAUGUGAGCCUCAUUGGCGAGCUCUCAGAUCCUGCAGAGCUCGGCAAACUGCUUCAGUUGGUACUGGGCUGUGCUAUCAGUUGUGAGAAAAAACAGGAGUAUAUCCAGAGAAUUAUGACAUUGGAGGAAUCCGUUCAACAUGUAGUGAUGGAAGCCAUCCAGGAGCUCAUGACAAAAGACACUCCUGAUUCCUUGUCACCGGAGACUUACGGGAACUUUGAUACACAGUCCCGAAGAUACUAUUUCCUGAGUGAGGAGGUGGAGGAGAGUAAUGACCUUCAGCAGCACUACCUGGAUCUGGAGCGGCAGCUUGUACUCCUUUCAGAGGAGAAGCAGAAUCUGGCACAAGAGAAUGCUGCCCUACGGGAACGGGUGGGCCGCUCAGAAGUGGAGAGCGCCCCUGGUCUCACUGCUAAGAAGCUGUUGCUCCUGCAGUCACAGCUGGAACAGCUGCAGGAGGAGAACUUCAGGCUGGAGAGCAGCCGGGAAGAUGAGCGGCUGCGCUGCAUGGAGCUGGAGCGGGAGGUCACUGAGCUGCAACAACGGAACCAAGCACUGACCAGCCUAUCCCAGGAGGCUCAAGCGCUAAAGGACGAGAUGGACGAGCUUCGGCAGUCCUCUGAACGUGCUAGGCAGCUGGAGGCCACUCUGAACAGCUGCCGUCGCCGCCUGGGUGAGCUGCGGGAGCUCAGGCGGCAAGUGCGGCAGCUGGAGGAGCGUAAUGCCAGCCAUGCAGAACGCACGCGGCAGCUGGAAGAAGAGCUGCGCCGAGCAGGAUCCCUGCGUGCCCAGCUAGAGGCUCAGCGCAGACAGGUGCAGGAGUUGCAAGGCCAGUGGCAGGAAGAGGCCAUGAAGGCUGAGAAGUGGCUGUUUGAAUGCCGAAACCUAGAGGAAAAGUGUGACUUGGUGACAAAGGAGAAGGAGCGACUUUUGACAGAGAGGGACUCCCUGAGGGAGGCCAACGAGGAGCUCCGUUGUGCCCAGCUGCAGCCGAGGGGACUGGCUCAGGCUGGCCUCUCUCUGGAUCCUACCCCUUCUGGCCUGGAAAACUUAGCAGCAGAGAUCCUGCCUGCAGAGCUCAGAGAGAUGCUCCUGAGGCUUCAGCUGGAGAACAAGCGACUGUGCCAGCAGGAGGCCGCAGACCGUGAGCGACAGGAGGAGCUGCAGCGCCACCUGGAGGAAGCCAACCGAGCAAGACAUGGGCUGGAAACUCAGCACAGGCUGAAUCAGCAGCAGCUGUCUGAGCUGAGAGCCCAGGUGGAAGAUCUACAAAAGGCCUUGCAGGAACAGGGAGGCAAGGCUGAGGACCCCACCGUGCUGAAGAGGAAACUGGAAGAUCAUCUGCAGAAGCUGCAUGAGGCUGAUCUGGAGCUGCAAAGGAAACGAGAAUACAUUGAGGAGCUGGAGCCUCCUACCGACAGCAAUACAGCCCGACGGAUUGAGGAGCUGCAGGACAGCCUGCAGAAGAAGGAUGCAGACUUGCAGGCCAUGGAGGAACGCUAUCGCCGCUAUGUGGACAGAGCACGCACGGUCAUUCAGAACCUGGAACCCAAGCAGAAGCCACCCACUGCGGUGUCCCCAGAACUCCAUACUCUAAGGACACGGCUCUGGGAUCGAAACACGCGAAUAGGACACCUGGAGAUGGACUAUGAGAAGAGUCGGAGUCAGCGGGAGCAGGAGGAAAAGCUGCUCAUCAGUGCCUGGCACAGCAUGGGCAUGGCCUUGGAGCAACGGGCUGGGGAAGAGCAGUCUCCUGCCCAUGCCCAGUCCUUCCUGGCACAGCAAAGACUGGCCACCAAUGCACGCCGAGGACCUCUGGGACGCCUGGCUUCUCUGAGCCUUCGCCCCAUUGAUAAGCACUGACAGACCUCAACUUCCUGCUGCCUGCUGGAGUCCUCCAGCUCACAUGGUACCCAGCUUGGGGCCUUGACUUGAUUGAGGCUAUGACUUCUGCUCUUUGCUUCCUUAGAUGGGAGAGAAGGGGAGAGGCCUAUAUCAGGUGUAGGCCUAUGUAGGCCUAUUCUUUUUAGCAAUGUGGUUCUUAUCCUUGAUUCUUCUCCUGGGCCUCAUGAACUACCUGGGAAGAGCCUGAUUUUUAUAUUUGAAAAGAAUAAAGACUUUAGAUCUGU